AUGAAGCUGCCCAGCCAGAGGUACCUGCUACAGCAAGGCCUGCCACCCUCCAGGACUACAAGGCUGCUGAGUGGGGUUGGCGAUGCCCUGGGCUACCGCAACCAGCUGUGGGAGUAUAACGAUUCAGAGCCAGCCAUUCACCAGGAGUUGCAAGAGCUUGGUGGGCUGAAGAACAUCACAGCACAGCUUUCUGAUUGGCCGGUCAGUGAUGACACAGUCUUGCACCUGGCCACUGCAGAAGCGCUCGCCACCGGAAAGGAAGGGGAGGAGCUUCUGCAGGAUGUGGCUGCUCGUUAUGUCGAGGGCAUGAAAGACAUGGAAGGAAGGAAACCAGGGCCAUCAAGCAUCUUAGGAGUGUCCCAGUUGAGGCCGGGAACUGAAGGGGGCUUCAGAGUGCCUUACAGCCCUGAUGGCACCGGAUGUGGGGCAGCCAUGAGGUCUAUGUGCAUCGGACUACGGUACCCGUGUCCAGAGCAGCUGUCCACUCUGGUGGCCAUUGCUGUGGAAACAGGAAGGAUGACCCACCCUCACCCGACCGUUUUCCUCGGUGCUGUGGUGUCGGCGCUCUUCACCUCAUACGCCGUCCAGUGCCGACCAAUCACGACCUGGGGGCUGGGCCUGGUCAAGGAGGCCUGUCCAAUCGCCAAGAGCUUUUUUAAUUUCAGGGCUUUGCUGUCAGGGAGACAGAGAGACUGGGGAUACUUCACUGAGAAGUGGGAGUGGUACCUGGAGCUGAGAGGUAUUUCCGAGAGGACGGGCCCCGUGCUUUGGCCGGCGUCCUGUGGGCCGGCGGAGAGAGACGAGGUCUAUAAGAGCUUCAGCCUGAAGGGCUGGGCGGGCCGCAGCGGCCACGGCGCUCCAAUGAUCGCCCUGGAUGCCCUGCUUGGGGCAGGGUCAGACUGGGAGGAGCUGAUGAGCCGUGAGGGCUUCCAUGGAGGUGACAGUGACAGUACGGCGGUGAUCGCCUGCUGCUGCUGGGGGCUGCUCCAUGGCACGGAGGGCGUCCUGCCCGGCAACUACACCCACCUGGAGUACAGGGAGCGGCUGGAGAGCAGCGCUGAAAAGCUCUACGCCCUGUCACACACAGGAGCUGACAAGUACGAUCCAUAA